AUGGCAACGGCGGCGACCACUGCUAGCGGGCCGACCACCGGCCCCGUCGGCGGUAGCGGCGGCGGUGGUGGUGGGACCGCACUAGCCCGCAAAAAAGACGGUGGCCCUUCGGCCAAAUUCUGGGAGAGUUCUGAGACCAUAUCCCAACUGGAGACUGUUCGUCUGUGGAUCGGCAAGCACUACAAGAAGUAUGUCCAGAAUGAUUCGCCCUCCAGCAAAUCCCUGGCCGGCCUGGUGGUGCAACUCCUCCAGUUCCAGGAGGACUCGUUUGGACGCAAAGUUAACAAUCCCGCCCUCACCAAGCUGCCGGCCAAGUGCUUCCUGGACAUGAAAGCAGGGGGCGCUCUCUGCCACAUCCUGGGCUCAGUCUACAAGUUUAAGAGCGAGCAGGGCUGGAGGCGCUUUGAUCUGCAGAGCCCUUCCCGCAUGGACAGGAAUGUGGAGAUGUUUUUGAAUGUGGAGAAGAACUUGGUGCAGAACAACUGCCUGACCCGUCCCACCGUCUUCUUGUCUCCCGACUUGGAGGCCAAGCAAGCCAGCAAGCUCAAAGACGCCAUCAAAAGGCUCCAGGGUUCCAUCACCGAGGACAAGUCCAAGGCCACACACCUCAUUUUCCCCAGUCCGUUGCAGCAGGACGAAGAAGAGUGGCUGCGUCCCGUCAUGAGGAAAGACAAGCAGGUUCUGGUUCACUGGGGUCUCUACCCAGACAGUUACGACACUUGGAUACCAGGCGGUGAGGUGGACGCCGAUGUGGAGGAGCCACCGAGCGCCGAACGACCGUGGAAGGUGCACGCCAGGUGGGUCCUGGACACGGACGCCUUCAACGAGUGGAUGAACGAGGAAGACUACGAGGUGGACGACGGCAAAAAGCCCGUCAGUUUUCGUCAGAAGAUCUAUCUCAAAGAGGAGGAGUCGUCUUCCCGCACGCCCGAUCGCAAGGAGCGCAAGGCCAACGCCGCCGGCAAGAAGAGGAGGCGCUCACCCUCGCCGCCCAGCACGCCCGCCGAGUCCCGCAAGAAGGGCGGCAAGAAGGGGAACCAGGGUCAUUAUUGGAAGCGGCGAGGCCACCGCGGGGAAGAGGACGACACGGAGGACGAUGCCUCCAAAGACCCGGACGACUCGUCUGCUGGCGCUAGUGUCGAAGAGGGAAGCGCUUCCAAAAACUCUCAUUCAAAGAAGGACUCCGAGGGAACGCCACUCAAAGGAGACAACGGAGCAGACUUGGAUGAUAUGGAGGACGACUCUGUGCUGUCUGGCGGAAAGGAGGACGAAGACCAGAACAAAGCCGAAAUCAGCCGCCUGAUGGAUGCGGGCGAGGACAACGUAACGGAGCAGACGCACCAUAUCAUCAUCCCCAGCUACAGCGCCUGGUUUGACUACAACUGCAUCCACGAAAUCGAGAGGAGAGCCCUGCCAGAGUUCUUCAACGGGAAGAACAAGUCCAAAACACCAGAAAUAUACUUGGCCUACCGCAACUUCAUGAUCGACACUUACCGCCUCAACCCUCAAGAGUACCUCACCUCCACCUCCUGCCGCAGGAACCUGACGGGGGACGUGUGCGCCAUCAUGAGGGUCCACGCCUUCUUGGAGCAAUGGGGCUUAGUCAACUACCAGGUGGACUCAGACAGCAGACCUUUGCCCAUGGGCCCCCCGCCCACACCCCACUUUACCGUACUGGCCGACACGCCCUCUGGCCUGAUGCCCCUCAACCACAGACCUCCGCCGAUUCCUCCUCCGCAGCAGAUGCCCAAUUUCUCAGACAAGUUGAAAGACAAAGCCAUCGACCUCCAGAACUUUGGCCUCCGCACAGACCAGUACAAAAAGAACUCAAAGGGUAAAUCUGUGGUGUCCACUCGAGAAUGGACUGAACAGGAGACGCUACUCCUGCUGGAGGCUCUGGAGAUGUACAAAGACGACUGGAACAAAGUGUCGGAGCACGUAGGCUCGCGCACGCAAGACGAGUGCAUCCUGCACUUCCUGCGCCUACCCAUCGAGGAUCCCUACUUGGAGAGCUCGGAGACGUCGCUGGGCCCGCUGGCCUACCAGCCCAUUCCCUUCAGCCAGUCCGGGAACCCCGUCAUGAGCACGGUAGCCUUCCUGGCCUCCGUGGUGGACCCCAGGGUGGCGUCCGCCGCUGCCAGGGCAGCGCUCGAGGAGUUCUCACGCGUGCGUGAAGAAGUCCCCGCCGAACUGGUGGAGGCUCACGUGAAGAAGGUACAAGAGGCGGCCAGGAACACGGGCAAGGUAGACCCCGCCUUUGGACUGGAAAGCAGCGGGAUUGCCGGUACCGCCCCAGAGGAACCCGAAAAAACAGAGGCCACAGAAGGUGACAAGACUGAGACGGACACGGACUCACAACAGGGGGACAAGGCCGAGUCCAAGGACGAGGCGGAGAAGCCCAGCGAGUCCGCCGAUAAAAUCGACAAAAUGGAGCCUCUCGACAAGGUCAAGAAGGAGGCCGGCGAUCCGGCGGAACGAGACGACGAUGAGGGCGAAGAAGGGCACGAACCCAAAGCCACUCCUGCCGAAAAAGACGAAGACGAAGCCAUGGAGACGUCCUCCACCGAACAGGAGAAGGAGAAGGACGAGAAAGCCGCCACGGAGGAAGGAGAGGAGAAGAAGAAGGUGGAGCACGACAUCGGAGAAGGAAAUAUCGCCACGGCGGCCGCCGCCGCCUUAGCAUCCGCUGCCACCAAAGCCAAGCACCUGGCCGCCGUCGAGGAGAGGAAGAUCAAGUCUUUAGUGGCUCUCUUGGUGGAGACGCAGAUGAAGAAGUUGGAGAUCAAGCUAAGGCACUUUGAAGAACUUGAAACCAUCAUGGACCGAGAGAAGGAGGCGUUGGAGCUGCAGCGUCAGCAGCUGUUGACAGAACGCCAGGCAUUCCACAUGGAGCAGCUCAAGUACGCCGAGAUGAAAGCCCGCCAGCAGAUGGAGCAGCAGGCGGCCGCCGCUGCCGCCGCCGCCCAAGCACAAGGUCAGCCCGGACCCCACCCGGGACAGCCGGCUAUGCACCCCAGCGGGCCGCCUCCGCACCACGGAGCUCCGCUGCCUCACCACGGAGGACCCCCGCCCGGCGCCGCCAUGCAUCCGGGUUUCCCCCCGAUGGGUCACCAUCCCAUGGUGCCCCACCACCCGGCUCAAACAGCUCCAAUGGGACCGGGGCAGCCUCUGCCUGGGCGCAUGAUGGCCGGACCCCCUGCCGCCGGACCACCGCCUGGUGGGAUGCCUCCCAUGAUGCCCCCGCGCCAUCCCGGAGCACCCAACGGCAUGUACCCCGGACCUGCACCCGCCCAGCCCGACGUGGUGCCCCCGCUCCCUCCAGCACCCUCUGUUGGCCGCGCAGCAGACAACUGA